AUGAAGCGGCAGCGGCCGCCGUCAUGGCUGCGUCUAUUACUUCGACCCCUCCUCUGGUUGCAUGCAUUUCAAGCACUAUGGAAUUAUAGUAUUGCCAUACACCUCACAGGCACUUUUCACACGGACGACUUUUUUAAAGUGAUCACCAAAUUUGGUUUCCAAAAGGCCGAAGUGUCAAUACCACAUGGUGGCUCAUUUGGCUACAUUUAUGGCAAUAUCACAGCAACAACAGAUACAUUUGUGCAGCCCAUUUCAUUGGUGGUGCUGGACAAGGUGGCAUUUGUUGAUUUCUAUAGCAAUCGUAGUCAUGUGGACCAUGAGUUGGCGUGCCAACGCAUGUUUGCGCAUUUGCAACCUCUAAUCUAUGAUGAGACAUGCAACAAGCAGGGUAAACGUGAUUAUGUACGUCGUGUACCAUGCCCAUUUGGUCAGCUUUGCGUUGACGAAGAUACGCCCAGCAAUGUAAUACCACAGCGACAAUUUACCUACACCAUAAGUGAGGUGACGGAGCCGAGAUUCUGGUAUGUGGCACUCACGGCCUGUUAUCGUAACCGUACCACAUGCAAAUGGCAAGCAUACGAUCAUCUCAAAAGUCAUAAUGAGCUUACCUAUGAUAUUUACGUUGUCAACACGCAUCCUAACAACUCCGCCGCGCAUCCACUCACAUUUCAGUUCUCUUUCGAUCAACAAAACUUAUUAGAAAUGUAUAUGAUAUUCUUGCUGGUCUAUAUGGUGCUGCUACCGGUGCAAAUCUACGCGGUACGCCUGCAGAAACAUCCCGUCACACGUCUAUUCACGCUGAGCUUGGCCAGCGAGUUUGUCAGUUUAGCUUUCAUCACAGCACAUCUGAUAAAGUUCGCCAUAAAUGGCGUGGGCAUGCCAAAUAUGCAGACAGCAGGCGAUAUACUGGAUAUAUUUAGUCGGACCACAUUUAUGUUGAUACUGCUGCUUCUUGCUAAAGGCUGGGCCGUGACACGUCAGCAAAUUAAUCGCACUGGUUGGAUUAUAUUGAUGAGUAUAUGGGUGCCCUAUUGUGCAUUUCAAAUGUUCCUUUAUGUUUGGGAUAAGACGGAGGUGGAUAUUAUAUCGGACAUUGAUGAAUACCAGACAUGGCCGGGUUGGAUUGUGUUGAUAUUACGCACAUCAUUCAUGACUUGGUUCCUCUACGAGCUGCGCAACACCAUGAAAUACGAGCAUUCCACCAAAAAACUGGAUUUCCUGUUGCACCUGGGCGCUUCUAGUCUUGUGUGGUUCAUUUAUUUGCCCAUUGUCGCCAUUGUGGCGCUGCAAGUGAGCCCCAUGUGGCGGUACAAGCUGCUGCUUGGCAUCACCAAUUCGGCGGACUGUCUGGCUUAUUGCGUCAUGACCGGCCUGCUGUGGCCCAAUCGCUCGGGCCAGUAUUUACUGCUCGCCGGCAACAAAUACACGGGCAUGGACGAGCUGGACGAAUUCAACGAAGCGCCACAUAUCGUACGUGAACGUGAACGUCGCAGAAAUUCACCCGAUGCCAUAGUGAUCGCCAAUGGCGAGUUAACGCAACCGCAUGCAAAUGGUGGCAGCGGCAUUGUGACGUCAGUGGGCACCAACAGUUUGCUCGCAACAAAUGCUGUAAAUGGUGAGGCAUGCGUGGAGCUGCUGGAUGCAGAGGAUCUGGACGCGGUGCUUUUAACCGAUCUGAAUAAGAAUAGUCAUGUUGUGGCAUAAGUGUUAACGAACGUUGUAGUAGUAGCGCCCAAAGCAGGUCAAACAAAAACAUAUUUGUUUGUGUACUAUAAACGCUUAUAGUUCUGUGCGUUGUUUGAAGGAAAAAAGUUAAAUGUGCAUAUUUUACUAGCAUCCUGCGUAGCGCAGACUCGCGUAGUGCGCGUUCGUGAACUUACGAUGCGCGCUUGUCUGUUAAAAUGUGGUAACGAAAGUCGUUGUGCAUCAUAUGUGAUGAUUUUUUUUUUUAUGAUUUUAUAUACAUACAUACAUAUGCAUAUGUAAACGUUAUUAUUAUUCACAAAUUUGCUUUAGUUUUGUAUGUUGAUUUUUACCGCUUACAAAAUACGUUUACAUUACAUUAGCUUUUAAUUUAGUUAUAAUAUUUACAAAUCUAAAUAAUCGAUAUAUUUCUAUUGUGUGAUGUAGUCAAGUACAUUUGCAUAUGUGUUUAGCAACAAAAGCAACAACAGACAUUAUUAAUUGUAAAGUAAGACAAACUCAUUAUUAUUAUUAUUAUGCACCUGGUUAAAGCAUAAUAUUAUACUAUUUAUGUAUAUACAUAUAAGAUACACAUUUCAUAUUGUAUUCGAUUACUAUUACGAUAAUUUACAUUACUUAGCGUUGUAAGCACUGUUCGAAUGCGCAUAUUAUACAUAUUUGGGUAGUUAUGUCGAUAAUAAUGUUAGCGGUAAAGAAAGCUGGUGAGUUUAUGUAGAAGAGUUACACAAAUAGAAACAAAAGGUGAAAUAUGCUGCAAGUACACAACGAUUUUUGCA